AGUCACGCGCCCUGGCUUCCUCGCGGUCUCCUGCGUUCCAGCGAUCCACGAAGAAAAGAACGCAAUUCCGGUGCACCGGAGAAGGAGAGACCACACCAAGCAGAAGCGACUGAAGUAGCACAGCAGGCGGAUGGACAGCGAGUGGGAUACAUCCGGCGUCGACGAGUCGGCCCUUGAAGUGUCGACCCUGACCGGUUCUUCGAACGAUGAUGAAAGUGAAACGGACGACAGCGCCACACUCGUCGCAGUUGUGUGCUGCGUCCUGGCGUGCAUCAUCGCCAUAGCCCUCGUGCUAUUCCUAUUGGGAGGGCUGGACGACUAUGACUCAGGUGACGACGAUGACAUGGAACAUACGACAAGAUACCUUCCCGCUGAUCGUUCCGCGCCACGGCCAGUGGUGACUGAUCGCCCCACAACGAAAGCGCCACCAUCGCCACCGAUGACCGCUCGCGCUAGAGUGACUAGGCCACCGCCUACAACGUCAAGACCGGUAACAACGAGGCCGUCCCCUAUUACAAGUACUAAGCCUACUACUACACCCGUCACCACGACUACGGUGAAAAAAUCGACUCCGCGACGUCCGCCACCUAAACGCCCUCCACCACCUCCUUCUCCGCCUCCUGCUACAACUAAACUCCAUCCACCACCUCCUCCUCCACCUCCUCCGACAACUAGACGCCCUCCGCCACCUCCUCCGACAACUAAACGUCCUCCACCACCAACAACAACUAAGCGCCCUCCACCACCUCCUCCUCCACCUCCUCCGACAACUAGACGCCCUCCGCCACCUCCUCCGACAACUAAACGUCCUCCACCACCAUCAACAACUAAACGUGCUCCACCACCUCCUCCUCCACGUACUCCGACAACUAGACGCCCUCCGCCACCUCCUCCGACAACUAAACGUCCUCCACCACCAACAACAACUAAGCGCCCUCCACCACCUCCUCCUCCACCUCCUCCGACAACUAGACGCCCUCCGCCACCUCCUCCGGAAACUAAACGUCCUUCCCCACCAUCAACAACUAAACGUGCUCCACCACCUCCUCCUCCACGUCCUCCGACAACUAGACGCCCUCCGCCACCUCCUACGACAACUAAACGCCGUCCACCACCUCCUCCUCCGCCUCCUGCGACAACUAAACGCCGUCCACCACCUCCUACGACAACUAAACGCCGUCCACCACCUCCUCCUCCGCCUCCUGCGACAACUAAACGCCGUCCACCACCUCCUCCUCCGCCUCCUCCGCCUCCUGCGACAACUAAACGCCGUCCACCACCUCCUACGACAACUAAACGCCGUCCAACACCUCCUCCUCCGCCUCCUGCGACAACUAAACGCCGUCCACCACCUCCUGCGACAACCAAACGCCCUCCACCACCUCCUCCUCCGCCUCCUCCGCCUCCUGCAACAACUAAACGCCGUCCACCACCUCCUACGACAACUAAACGCCGUCCACCACCUCCUCCUCCGCCUCCUGCGACAACUAAACGCCGUCCACCACCUCCUACGACAACUAAACGCCGUCCACCACCUCCUCCUCCGCCUCCUGCGACAACUAAACGCCGUCCAGCACCUCCUACGACAACUAAACGCCGUCCACCACCUCCUCCUCCGCCUCCUCCGCCUCCUGCGACAACUAAACGCCGUCCACCACCUCCUACGACAACUAAACGCCGUCCACCACCUCCUCCUCCGCCUCCUGCGACAACUAAACGUCGUCCACCACCUCCUGCGACAACCAAACGCCCUCCACCACCUCCUCCAACAACUAGACGCCCUCCGCCACGUCCUCCGACUACUAAACGUCCUCCCCCACCUACAACGACUAAACGCCCUCCACCGCCACCUCCUCCUCCUCCGCGAACUCGGCGAACUCGGCCUACUACGCCACCUCAGGUUUCAACGCCAUUCAUAAAACCUAUCUCGCUUCUGUGUACCGUCAGUGACCGGUCAUACAACCACACCGUCUAUCCGCAAGAGGGUCUGUGCGACUAUAUUGUCUUUGACUCGAUGUUCAAGAAUAAUCGCAACCGACUUGACCGGGACGUUCACGAUAACUUAAACAACUUCCUUUUAAACGCGAGGGCACACGAGGGCCGCAAGUCGCAGCAGUACGGUUUGAGCUUCGCCUUCGAUCAUCACUUGGAACUCAGACGCGAUCUGAAGAGCUCCCACAUCUUUAACUACUUGGACUUCAACGUGUUUCACUACGGCAUAAUCGAUUGUCGCACGCAAGACGCGACUCCGGCCCAAAUAGACCAGGUGUUCGUGACACUCAUGGUGAUAAAACGCGCACUCGGGAAUGUAGUACCCCGCACGUCCGUCAUCCUGGCCGCGCAGUCCCCCACUAUCCAGUGGACCAACUACUUCAAAGCCAAGUUCAAGAACACCUUCACGCCGGACCUGUUCAUCUCGCUGGGCCACCAGAUGCGGGGCGAUUCAGAGAAGAGCCGGUGCAUCGCCACGCCGCCAGCCAUGCUGCAGAAGCCUACGGGGUUUUCGGAGGAGUACGACUUGCACGACGCCGCGAGAGCCAUGGCGGCCAUCGCUUCGCAGCCCGACGGACCAGCCAUCUCCAUCUCCGUCUCGUUGAAGGGUCGUUGGUCCAUGCUGAAGCCGAGCGCCAAGCCCGAGGUCUUCGCGCCCUGCCUCACGGGCGCCAUCAAGGGGGACCAAUACGGCGGCUACUGCAAUGUGGUCAGAACACCGCCCUACUCGGGCAACCUGUUGCACGAUGCGAAGAACUACGCCAUGCGCGCCUACGACCCGGUGAAGCGGCUCAUGUUCGUGUACGACAACGAGCAGACCCUGUGCAAGAAGCUAUGCCUCAUCAAGGCCAACUACAGCAAGCUGAAGUUCGGCGUGGCCAUCUACGACCUGGACUUCGAGGACGUCGACGGCACCUGCUCGUCGCUCAACACUCAGGGAGCCUACAGCCGCACCAAGGUGGUGGGCAAGGUGCAGAGGUAUUUAGAGCACGAGUUCACCAAUCCGUCCAAGGAGGCCGAGUGUUCCCAGCUGUGGCGACAUUCGCGAGCGCUGGCGUCCUCGCGGUCUCCUGCGUUCCAGCGAUCUACGAAGAAAAGAACGCGAUUCCGGUGCACCGGAGAAGGAGACCACACCAAGCAGAAGCCGCUCAUUCAGUACAGCAGGCGGAUGGACAGCGAGUGGGAUUCAUCCGGCGUCGACCAGUCGACCCUCGAAGUGUCGACCCUGACCGGUUCUGCGGACACUGACGAAGGUGAAGAGGAUUUCAGCGUUACUCUCGUCGCUGUUGUGUGCUGCGUCCUGGCGUUCAUCAUCGCCAUAGCCAUCGCGCUACUCAUGUUCGGAGGCCUGGAGGUCUUCGAAGAUGCUGACUCAGGUGGAGGUGGUCGCGGCGGAGACGGCGGUGACGUGGAAUAUCCGACGAAAUACCCGCCCGUUGACCGUUCCCCGCCACAGCCAGUGGUUACUGAACGCCCCACAAAGAAAGCGCCACCAUCGCCACCGGUGGCCGCUCGCCCUAGAGUGACUAGGUCACCUCCUCGAACGCCAAGACCGAUAACAACGAGGCCGUCUCCUAUGAUACGCACUAAGCCUACUACUACACCCGUCACCACAACUACAGUGAAAAAAGUGACUCCCAGACGUCUGCCACCUACGCCACCUAAACACCCUCCAUCACCUCCUCGUCUGCCUCCUCCGCCUCCUCCAACAACUAAACGCCCUCCACAACCUCCUUCUCUGCCUCCUCCACCACCUAAACGUCCUCCGCCUGUUCCGAUAUCUGAAGACCCUCCACCACCCCCUCCUCCACCUCCUCCGCCUCCUUCGCCACCUGCACGCCCUCCACGACCUCCUCCUCCACCUCCUCCUCCAACUAAACGACCUCAACCACCUCCUCCUCUUGCGCCUCCUGCGACAACUAAACGCCGUACACCUCCUCCGACAAGUAAACGCCCUCCACCACCUCCUCCUUCACCUCCUCCGCCUCCUCCGACUACUAAACGCCGUCCACCACCUCCUCUUCCGCCUCCUCCGACAACUAAACGCCCUCCACCAUCUCCUCCUCCGCCUCCUCCGACAACUAAACGCCGUACACCUCCUCCGCCUCCUCCGACAACUAAACGCCGUACACCUCCUCCGACAAGUAAACGCCCUCCACCACCUCCUCCUUCACCUCCUCCGCCUCCUCCAACUACUAAACCCCGUCCACCACCUCCUCCUCCGCCUCCUCCGACAACUAGACGCCCUCCGCCACUUCCUCCGACAACUAAACGCCCUCCACCACCGCCUCCUCCACCUCCUCCGCUUCCUCCGACAACUAAACGCCCUCCACCACCUCCUCCCCCGCCUCCUCCGACUACUAAACGCCGUCCACCACCUCCUCCUCCGUCUCCUUCGACAACUAGACGACCUCCACCACCUCCUCCUCCUCCGCCGACUCGGCCUACUCGGCCACCUCCGCCGCCUCCGCCAGUUCGACCUACUCCGCCACCUCCGCUCACACAGUCAUCCCUAAAACCUAUCUCGCUUCUGUGCACCUUCGGUAAAAAGACAGGCGGCAGCACCGUCUAUCCACCGGAUGGUUUGUGCGACUACAUCUUCUACGACUCGAUGUACAAGAACAAUCGCAACCCGCUUGUCGGAGGACAGUGGGACUACGACGUAUUCUCCAUCCUCUCGAGAGCGCAGAAAGCCGACCGCACCAUGUCGCAGUAUGGUGCGGGUUUCGCCUUCGAACAUCGCAACAAACUCAUCCAGCACCUGACUAACACUUCUCUGGAAGCUUUCUGGCAACACAACUUGUUUCACUUCGGCAUCAUCGACUGUCCCAUGCACGGCGUCACCAAGGCCGAUAUGGACGAAGUGUUCGUGGCACUCAAGAAGCUCGAAGACGUCGCCAAGAUAGCGAGAACUUCUGGAAACGCCUCGUACGUCAUCCUGGGCGCGCUGUCCGCCACUAGCCAGUGGACCGAGUACUUCAAAAACAAGUUCAGGAAUACCUUCAAGCCGGACCUGUUCAUCUCGCUCGGCCACCAGCUGCGGGGCGAUCCGGAGAAGAGCCGGUGCAUCGCCACGCCGCCAGCCAUACUACAGAAGCCAACGGGGUUUCCAGACGAACACGACUUGCACGACGCCGCGCGAGCCCUGGCGGCCAUUGCUUCGCAACGCGGCGGCCCACGGAUCUCCAUCUCCGUCUCGAUGAAGGGUCGCUGGUCCACGCUGAAGCCGAAAGUCACGGCCGAGGUCUUCGCGCCCUGCGUCACGAGCAGCCAGGGGCCCUUCUACGGCAGCUACACUGAGGUGUGCGACACGCCGCCCUUCUCAAACAACCUGUUGCACGACGGGAAGCGGUAUGCCAUGCGCACCUACGACAAGGCGUCGCGGCGCAUGUUCGUGUACGACAACGAGGAGACAAUGUGCAAGAAGCUCUGCCUCCUCAAGGCCAACUACACCAAGCUGGAGUUCGGCGUGGCCAUCUACGACCUGGACUACGAGGACACCGAAGACACCUGCUCGUCGCUCAACACUCAGGGAGCCUACAGCCGCACCAAGGUGGUGAGCACUGUGCACAGGUAUUUCGCCAGCCAGUUCACCGAUCCGUCUAAAGAGGCCGAGUGUUCCCAGCUGUGGCGAUUGUAAGAUUGAGACUGUGACUGCACUAUUUAAGGACCGACGCUCGCGGUCAGGUUAUUGAAUAGCUUACUCCUCUUGGCCAGGGUUAUUUGAACGACCCGGCGGCGAAUCAAACUGCUUCCAAUGCGAGUAACAUUCGCAAGUUUAAGAUCCAAGUGCCGGCUCCAGGAGGCGUUUGCUUGUUUUUUUAUCGCGACGAUGUCUCGGGAACUUGUAUGCAUUUUUGUGUAGCUUCUCCUUUUUUUUUCAUUUCCCGUGUGUUCUGUAAAACGAUUCUAAAAGUAAAGGGCGUGUUUUCAGUGUGGUCCCA